GGUCCUCAACAAAACAUUGACAGUUGAGGUAAACAGAGCCGCGGUGAGCCAGAAAACGCUCGCCUGCAAAACGAAAGAACGAAUUAAAACAGUACCGCGGCAAGAGGACCAUAUUUUAACGUAAUUAGCCUGCUCGUCGAUUGUGGGAGCCAAUUUGGAGGAUUGCUCGGAUCAAGUUCACGGACGGAGGCAUGUUUUGCUGCCUCAAGAACUGUCUGAAUGGGGUACUGCCGCCUCAGACGGUGCAGAUUCGGCGAGAACAGGAUCCAAUCCAGCUGGAUACUUCACAUAUGGGCCACGAGGUCGUCGUGAUAAAGGGUGGCCAGCGGGCUUGCGGCUCCGGUGGCGUCAUAGCCAACACCCCACUGCUGCAGUCCAAAUCGUACUUCGAGGUGAAGCUCCAACAGGGCGGCCAAUGGUCGGUGGGACUCGCCACCCAGCAGACAGAUCUGAACCAAACCAAGGGCGGCUUCGACAAGGAAUCGUGGUGUCUUACCUCGGACAACGCCAUCUACCACAACGCAAAGCCGCUGCACAAACUGGAGAAACGACCCGAGCAGCAGGAAAACAACGCCAAGCUGGAACUGGGAUCGGAUCUGGCCAGGCUCGAGUCCAGCGUGAGUUCCGCGCUUGUCAACACCACUGGAAUACCUCAGGAGGGAGACACGAUCGGGGUGGCGUACGACCACGUGGAGCUCAACUUUUAUCUCAACGGUACUAACCUGAACGUCCCAGUGUUGAACGUCCGCGGGACGGUCUUUCCCUGCCUGUACGUGGACGACGGAGCCAUCCUGGAUAUUGUGCUGGACAACUUUAGCUACAGUGUACCACAGGGCUUCGAGAGGAUCUUGAUUGAACAAUCUCUGCUAUGAUUUGGUGACGUGGCAGUCACUUUGUUGAUAAUGUACCCUUCAUUCCUCGUCUUUUUCUAAGGUCCAACUAAUUACGGCUACGCGAACAUGUUAACCUAAACUCGUUGACUAAAUAUUAAAAUCCAAACAUAUUACGUCCAUUCUACCGUAUUAUUUACCAUCAGAUUUCCAAAACAUUUCUUUAUUGGAAACGACUAAAUAUUAGCUAGCAAAUUAGUAUCAAACGGCUAUAAUCCUUUACAACUCUUCAUAGCGCAUGGAUGAAAAAUAAAACAUAAUACUAAUAGAACGCAAGUAUAUUUUGCUAACAAUAUAAACGAGCUAACCUUAGAAACGUUUACAACACACAAUUAUUUUCCUUUGUACCUUUGCGCGCGUGUCAUAAUUAAGCUCUUGAUCUAAACAAUAAUAAUACCAGGCUAGAUGUCAGGAAGAAACAGACGAAAACUUCAACGGCAGUGUGUAUGAAAUGUACUGAUUGUGAAUAAAUACUAUUUAUAUGAAUCGAAA